UCUAUUUCUAUCUGUCAUUGUGACUGGCUGACAAACAUCGUUUCUCAGGAGUGGAAUCUAGCUGCUGAUGAGGCUUCACCACUGAGACGUGAGAAACAACGAUGUGUUUGAGAGAAGCAGCGAGUUGCUUUGUCAUCUUCCUUCUUUCUGUGUCAGUGGUGCAGGGGGCGGAUCCCUGGGGAGUGAGGUGCACUCCUACUCAGAUCUGUGCUGUAAAAGGAUCGCAGGUGCAAAUAAGCUGCUCCUACUGGCACCCAUCCAGAAUAGAUGACCAUGAUGUUGCAGUGGAGAAAACGUUCUGGUUUACUAAAGUGCAGGAUGGUGAACCUGUGGAUCUGAGAUCAGCCUCUGAGUACACAGGUCGUGUGAAGUAUGACUGUGGAAACCAGGCCUGCACUCUGACCAUCACAGACCUGAGAGACAGCGACUCUGAUCUGUACCAGUUCAGGUUCACAACAAACCAACCUACUGAGAGAUUUACUGGUUCCACUGGAGUCACUCUGUCUGUCACAGGUGUCAAGGCACUCAUCCCAAAAUCAUUAAGUUGCCGGAGAGGGUACUGUUCAUGGUCACAUGUGGAGUGUCAAACCAGUUGUUCUCCAACUCCCAGUCCGUCCUACAUCUGGUACAAGAACGGACAAAAGACACCGGAAAAAACAUCUGAUACAGCCUACUUUUAUUCAGCAGACAGUAUUUCCUGUGCUGUGAGAGGCCACGAGGAUUUCCCAUCUGCUCCAGUGUGUGUCGAUGGAAAUUCAUGCAACAAAGUGAAUUACAUCAACAGGAACAUCUGUGCCUUUAAAGGCUCCUCAGUGGACAUCUCUUGCAGUUACAACAGUCACUCUGAUCCUAUCACAUCUAAGUCCUGGUUCGUUGCUGAGCGUGAGGAUGUGCAGCUGCAUCGUCCUCAAGCUGUGGACUUACUCAAAGACCCAGAGUUCACAGCUCGUGUUCAGGUCCUUGAUCCAUGGCGAGGGCGCUCCACUCUGAGAAUAAAGAACCUGAGACUGAGCGAUUCAGCCCAGUAUCGCUUCACAUUCAAAUCACAGAGGUUUGAAUGGGAGAGAAGUUUCCCUGGCACAACUCUGACUGUCACAGAUCCAGAUGUUCAGGUGAUCUGUUCUCCGAUUGGUCCAACACUGACUUGUCACAGCAGCUGUCUUCUCUCUGGUCGUCCCUCCUUUGUCUGGUACAAGAAUGGAACAGAAAUUCAUGGGGAAACGUCUCCAACUUUCAGGGGAUUCCUUCAACCUGAAAACAACUAUUCCUGUGCUUAUGAUCAUCACCACUCGUCCCCUGUGUAUGCUCCGAAGGUUCCUUUAGUGCAGCUGAGUCAACCUGGAGACAUUCUGAAGGACAGCUCGGUGUCUCUGACCUGCAGCAGUGAUGCUAACCCACCCCCUGCAUACACCUGGUACAAGGAGAACCAGGCUUUGCUCAACAGAGCAGCUCAGCUGGUUUUCAGAUCCAUCCCGUUGUCUGACUCUGGAGAAUAUUACUGCACAGCUGAGAAUGAGCUGGGGAAGACAUCAUCUAAACGUGUCUUAAUAAAUGUGAAAUAUGCUCCACAGUCCUCCUCUGUGUCAGUGAGUCCCUCUGGUGAGAUCAUGGAGGGCAGCUCAGUGACUCUGACCUGCAGCAGUGAUGCUAACCCAGCAGCUAACUACACCUGGUACAAGGAGAACCGAACUCUGCUUCAAGGACCAGAGGGCGUUUAUCGUCUCUCCUCCAUCAGCUCUGGGGACAGCGGGGUCUACUCCUGCAAGUCUGAGAAUCAGUACGGACGGAUCAACUCCACGUCUCUACACUUAGACGUCCAGUACGCUCCAAAGCCUCCCUCUGUGUCAGUGAGUCCCUCUGGUGAGAUCAUGGAGGGCAGCUCGGUGACUCUGACCUGCAGCAGUGAUGCUAACCCAGCAGCUAACUACACCUGGUACAAGGAGAACCGAACUCUGCUUCAAGGACCAGAGGGUGUUUAUCGUUUCUCCUCCAUCAGAUCUGGGGACAGCGGGGUCUACUCCUGCAAGUCUGAGAAUCAGUACGGACGGAUCAACUCCACGUCUCUACACUUAGACGUCCAGUACGCUCCAAAGCCUCCCUCUGUGUCAGUGAGUCCCUCUGGUGAGAUCAUGGAGGGCAGCUCAGUGACUCUGACCUGCAGCAGUGAUGCUAACCCAGCAGCUAACUACACCUGGUACAAGGAGAACCGAACUCUGCUUCAAGGACCAGAGGGUGUUUAUCGUCUCUCCUCCAUCAGCUCUGGGGACAGCGGGGUCUACUCCUGCAAGUCUGAGAAUCAGUACGGACGGAUCAACUCCACGUCUCUACACUUAGACGUCCAGUACGCUCCAAAGCCUCCCUCUGUGUCUGUGAGUCCCUCUGGUGAGAUCAUGGAGGGCAGCUCAGUGACUCUGACCUGCAGCAGUGAUGCUAACCCAGCAGCUCACUACACCUGGUACAAGAGAAGUGGAGAUAAACAAGUUCAACCAAAAGCAUCAGGACAAAUCUUCACCAUCACUGAUAUCACAUCUGAACAUGGUGGAAAGUAUCAGUGUGAGGCCCAGAACACACACGGACGUAGUAACACCACCUUACAUCUGACUGUUGGAGCAGCAUGGAGAUCAGCACUCAUUGGAUCAGCUGCUGCAGUUUUCCUCGCUGUGACUCUCCUCUCCGUGUUCCUACUGAUCAGAAAAAAGAGAAACUCUCAUCAAUCUGCUGAUCCUGGGGACAGACUUGACCACAGUGAGCAGCGUCUACAAAAUCAGUCUGAGGAAAACUGUGACCUCAACUAUGCCAGUGUCCACUUCAUGAAGAGUGAGACGGAUCCCAUCUACUCCAACGUCAGAUCAGCUGAUCCCAGUGAACACAAGGAGGCGGAGGAGGUUGUGUACACUUCUGUCAAGUUUAACAGAUCUGCCCCGAGAACCAGAGGUCAGGACACUGGAGAGGAUCCAGCUGCAUUGUACAGCACAGUCCAAAAACCUGCUGUUUAGACCAACGUCUGGAAAUCACCUGAGUCCCGAUGGAAAUAUCUCAACAGCUGCUGGAUGGAUUUGAAUAGAAGUUCAUACAACUGUUCAUGGUCCCCACAGGAUGAAUCCUUCUUUGGUGACAGACUCCAGCAUCACUGUUGAAGUGAAUGUUAUGUUUUAAGUGACUUGACUUGACAGCUAAUGGAUAAAUUUCCCCGAGGAUGAAUCCAAAUGACUUCAGUGACUCGAAUUUUAUCUGAAAUAUAUCAUCAACUUGUAGAAGUUGUUAAAAACGCCACAUUUAGCCUGAAUGAGAAAUAUCAAACAUUUUAUAACUUGCAGCUUCAAACAUGAAAAAUCUGCAUUAUGUGUCAGACGGUCGACAAACUAUAUACUUGUAAUUAACUUUUUUCUAUUCAUAAAAUUAUCAAAACAAGCAUUAUUAGUUAGUUGUAGUGUGACACUGCUGCCACUAGAUGGUAGUAAAGAGUUUUACUGAUAAAACCACAGAGAGGAUUCUGUCCCUUUCUCUUCUUUCUGUUUCUACACUAUUGUUUCCAUCGUUUCCAUCAUCAGCCGAUCAGGAGUUGAACUCAUUUCCUCUGAGGACUGGAGGGAGUACGUCUCAUGUGGAUGUGAGCUGCUACUGACGUGAUGAACGCCUUGAAUGUGACCGGUAACACAAAGUGAACUGCUGACACCAGAUGAGCUGUGUUGCCUCUGGUGUCUGUUCAAAGUUUGCAUCAGGCUCAUUGAUUUCACUGUGUUUUGUGGUAUUUCUAACAUCACGUGUUAAACACGUGAAGAAGAAGGAGUUAGUGUGUUUAAAUCCACCAUGUUCACACGGCGGCCAUUUUCCUCUGACGUCUCUCUCAGGGUGUGAAGCUCGAAUGUUGGGUUAGAAACAGAAAAAUGUUGUACUGCUGUGAUCCAGGUUUAUAAGUUACACAAACUUGAUAAUAUAUUAUUACUUAUUCUUCAUUAGGAUGAUUGAUUCAUUAUUAUAACAUUAGUUUUGGUAAUUUUAGGAACAUAACUUUGUUUGCUGCACAUUUAGGAGACUGGUGUUAAUUAUACUUAUAUUUUUCUUCACAACAUUAUUCAUAUUUAUAGACUUGUUUGUUCACGCACCACUUCCUCUUUUCUAACUUUGUAAUGUACAGUUUUGCAACAAAGCAGAUUUUCUUUCAGGGAUCAUUAAAAGUGUUUUCUAUUCUGUUCAUAUAUUUUAAUUUUUACGUUAAAUGUGAAGCUCAUUUAUUCAUAUUUGCUAUUGUUUUGAAACUCUUACUAUAUUUUAAUCUCACUUCCAGUAUUUGUUCUGUCUUUAGUUCGUCCUUUUCAUAAUAAAGCCAGUCAGACGCCAUCAGAGACUUCUAUCACACACACAUUUAUUGUCUUCUUCCCGUGAGUUGAGCUGCUUGCGGGUCCCGCUGCAGAGACCAGGUGGAUGAAUGCUUGUGUGACCCUUGGUUAAACUAGAAAGAGUGUAAAUGUGGAGCAGGAUGAGAGAUA